CCCUUGGCCUCAGAAGCCUGUAUUGCCCCCUUUAGCAGUAAUAACUUCUUGUAGACAUUUUGCAUAACUGUCCACCAGGCUUGUUGGAAUAUUUGACCACGCUUCCAUGCAAUAUUCUUUCGGUUUCAAGAUGUUUGAGGGUUUUCUUGCAUGUACUGCCUGUUUCAAACCCCCCCACAACAUUUAAAUGGGAUUCAAAUCCGGGCCUUGUCUAGGCCAUUCCACAACCCUCCAUUUCUUCUUUUUGAGCCAUUCCUUGGUGGAUUUGCUAGUGUGCUUAGGAACAUUAUCCUGUUGAACGGUCCACUUUCGGUUCAAUUUCAACUUUUUGACAGAUGGCCUCACAUUAUCUUCAAGCACUCUUUGAUGCAGAAUUCAUAGCUGAACCAGUGAAUGCAGGCUUUCCAGUCCCUGAGGCAGCGAAGCAACUCCAAAAGAUAACAUUUCCACCACUGUGCUUCACAGUUGGUAUGAGGUGCUUCUCCUGAAAAGCUUUCUUCGGUCAGCGCCAAACAUGUCUGCUGUUACUGUGGUCAAACAACUCUAUCUUUGAUUCGUCUGUCCAGAGCACAUUAUUCCAAAAGGCCUGGUCUUUGCCUAUAUGCUCAUUGGCAAAUUGUAGUCUUGCUUUAGUGUUCUAUUUAGACAGCAAAGGUUUUUUCCUGGCACGCUUCCCAUGCAAAUCAAAUUCAUGCAAUCUCAUUCUGAUUGUAGAAGCAUGCAGUUUGACACCAACAGUUGCAAGACUUACUAGCAGAUACUGUUAUGAAAUUUUGGGGUUCUUGGAGACUUCUUUUUGCAUCAGAUGGCCUGCUCUUGGGCUGAAUUUGCUGGGACGGUCAGUCCUGGACAAAUUGGUAGUCGUUUGAAAUCUGCACCAUUUGUAGAUUAUAGUUCUUACAGUGGAAUGAUGUAUUUAAAAUAAUUUCGAGAUCUUUUUAAAUCCCUUCCCACACUCAUAGGCAUCUACAACCUUUUUUCUGAAGGCCUUACAGAACUCUUCAGAUCUUGGCAUGAUAACACCACACACCUCAGUAGCAAAGACACCAGACACUAGAUAUGAGAGGGGUAUCAGUAAGACUCCCUAAACAGGUUCUAAUCACUGGCACCCAGUCUUCAACACCUGAUUCUAAUUUUAUGGAUUUGAAGGUGUGAUAAAUGUAGGGGUAUACUUACUUUUUGUUGUACUUUUGUUCAUUUAAAUUGUGAAAAUUACUACAAAAUCUCAAUUUUAUGUGACAUUUGAUCUUGUAUCACCUUUUAUUAAUAGGCACUAUUUCAAAGCGGAUCAAAUGUUUGCUUGUCCAAAUGUGUCAAAAAACCCAACAAUUUCCAUGGGGUGUACUUAUCUUUUCACAUGACUGUAUAUCUCCUUUCAGUGGAUUUUCUGAAUAAGGUAACAAAUGCAACAAAUUUCUGAUUAAAACAGGCAUAUUCCAGGGGAGGGAAUCAGAAUUUGGGGAAUCAGAAUAUUGUGUUAAUCUGAAUCGGGCAAUCAAAUUGUGGCGUUUACGUAACUCAAUACUAAUUAGAAUAUCGCCAAAUUCCAGAUUAAUAUCGGAAUAUUGACGUGCAUGUAAACAUAGUCGUUGUCAUGCUGGAAUAGGUUUGGGCCUCUUAGAUCCAUUGGAGGGAAAUUGUUUUUGUAUACCGUAGCUUUACGUUCUAUACAAUUGUGUGUUUUCCACAUUGUGGCAACAGUUUGGGGGAAGGAAAACAUGGGUGUGAUGGUCAGAUGUCCACAAACUUUUGGACAUAUAGUAUAUGUGAGAGUUGGGUGUGACUUUUUAUUUUUUUUGGAGCCUUGAUGAUUGUGCAGAGGUUGGUGAGCAAGGCUGCAACCCUUCAGCUUUGUGCCAGAGUCAAAUUCACCUGGUGGGCACCUAAGAUGGCCAGACCAAGCUCAGAUUUAGCAGCUUUUCGUAAAGACUUUGCUAAGGCCAAGCACAUAGUGAUACUCACAGGAGCUGGAGUCAGUGCAGAGAGUGGAGUGCCAACUUUCAGAGGAGCUGGUGGCUACUGGAGAAAGUGGCAGGCUCAGGAUUUGGCCACCCCAGACGCAUUCUCCCGUGAUCCAUCCCUGGUUUGGGAGUUUUAUCACUAUAGGCGUGAGGUGAUGUGCAGUAAGGAGCCAAAUCCAGCCCACUUGGCAAUAGCAGAGUGUGAGGCGCGCCUCAGCCAGCAGGGGCGCUCUGUUGUUGUCGUUACCCAGAAUAUUGAUGAGUUACACCGUCGAGCAGGUUCCCAAAAUGUGCUGGAGCUCCAUGGUAGUCUGUUUAAAACUCGCUGCAUAAGCUGUGGUGAAGUUAAGGCCAACUACAAGAGCCCUAUAUGCCCUGCUUUGAAGGGGAAAGGAGCACCUGAUCCCAAAGCCAAAGAUGCCAGAAUACCAGAAGAAGAUCUUCCCAGAUGUGAGGCGCAGGGCUGUCGUGGUCUUCUGAGGCCUCAUGUCGUGUGGUUUGGAGAGUCGCUGGAUCCUGAUAUUCUGACCAGAGUGGAUCUAGAGUUGGAAAGAUGUGAUCUCUGCUUAGUGGUGGGUACGUCCUCGAUAGUUUACCCAGCAGCCAUGUUUGCUCCUCAGGUGGCAGCUAGAGGAGUGCCUGUGGCUGAAUUUAACAUGGAAUGCACACCUGCCACCAUGCGCUUUAUGUAUCAUUUUGAAGGUCCGUGUGGCAGCACUCUGCCUCCUGCCCUGGCAACCCAUGAGAGCGAGGGUGUCUGAGGACAUCCUCCUGAGCACAUCAACUUUGUGUUGUUGAUCGUGUUCUUUUACAUCCUAUCCCUGUACUUGUGUUCUGUUUGAUGUGAAGGCAAAACUGAUGAAUAAAUUACGUCUGUCUUUUA